AUGGACUAUAUGGAAGCAAGCUAUAGGCAAGAUAACACAACAGUGGAAUUUGUGGGCCCCCUUGUCGGACAAUGUUUUCAAGAAGCUGUUGGAAAGACUAUUCAGGUGUUUGAAGCGUCGCAAAGGUCGAAGUUCUAUGGGCAUGCCAAGGAAUUCUACAACGGCAUCCAAAGUGAUUGGGAGCCAGCCUUUAGAGUACUCCUGGAUCUGUUCAUGGGAAUACCAAUGCCACUAAGUCUAAUGGAGGGACUCAAGGCUGUUCCUAUCCUUUCAAAUUGCAACCAACAAGUCGAGCCGAUCCAGGGAAAAUGGGGUUCAGUGUUGCUAAUUCAGGACGCUAAUAGUAAUGGGGAGAAUGCAGAGGUAGAGACGCAAUUAAAGUACAUGGCCGCUUUUCGUCAAGUGUUCGUGGUAUUGAGUGUGUCUUUAGAGGUGAUGCAGAAGGUUCCCUGA